AACGAGCAAGCCACGCGGCAAAUUAGUGCCGCCCGAGUUCUAGACGUCGGAAACGCGGAGUCCGCCGCGGAAAUCUUCGUAAUUCGCCAAAUAGGCAUAGCUAGUAGCCGCCGAUUAGCCCUUCUCGUCACAUAUUAUCAACCCCAUAAUCGAGGAGGAGAAAGUCGAAGCAAGUCAAACAAGCAACGUAAAAGUUCCUCACCUUUGACAACUUCCUUCCCAUUGCAUUUGCGGCUUCCACAACUCAACGUCAUCUCCUCAAACAUUUUCUACUCUAUAUAACAAUGAUCCUCAACCUGAGUUCUUCUGGUCCGCCCUGAACAAAAUGGCUCCUCUUCACUCUACAUCCACAGUAAUUUCACUGCUUCAUCUAUGGCUUCUAUCCACAACCGUCGCCGGCUACCGAAUCUUAUACCAGAAUAGCAACACAGCCACAGCGCCGUCGCCUGACCCAACCACAACCUCAAACCCAUGGGACUUAUUCCACAACUUCUCCGGACGUCACAAGGGCGACCAAGUCUCCGGCUUAGCCAAUCUCAAGCAGUACCUCCACCAAUUCGGUUAUAUCAAUUCUUCCUCCAAUUUCACAGACAACUUCGACGAUACCCUCGAAUCUGCUCUCAAGCAAUACCAGAAAAACUUCAAUCUGAACGCCACCGGUAUCCUUGAUAACUCCACCGUUCAGCUUAUGGCUAUCCCCAGAUGCGGCAACGCCGACAUCGUCAACGGCACUAAUUCCAUGAAUUCCGGCAAGUCCGCACGUACGACCCUCCACACUGUAUCCCACUACACUUUCUUCACUAACAAACCCACGUGGCCGGACAGUAAGCACAACCUCACCUACGCAUUCUGGCCUGGUAACCAGUUACAGAGUAACGCUAAGGUCAUCUUCUCCCGUGCGUUCCAACGGUGGUCGGCUGUGACGCCGUUAAAUUUCACGGAGACAGACUUCUACUUGAAUGCAGAUAUCAAGAUUGGUUUCUUCAAAGGGGAUCACGGUGACGGAGAAUCGUUUGAUGGGCAGAUGGGGACGUUGGCCCAUGCUUUCUCUCCCACCAGCGGAUUGUUCCAUCUGGACGGUGCAGAAGAUUGGGUGAUUGAUGGAGAUGUGACUACGUCGACCUCGACGGUAGCCAUCGAUUUAGAAUCGGUUGCGGUGCAUGAGAUAGGGCACGUGCUUGGGAUGGGGCAUUCUUCGGUCGAGGAAGCCAUCAUGUACCCGUCGAUUUCGGCUAGGACUAGGAAGACUGAGCUAGCGACCGAUGAUAUUCAGGGGAUUCAGGAGCUCUAUGGCAGCAACCCCAACUACAAUGCUUCAUCGACACCGUCCGAUACGCAGAAAGAGACUAGUGAUGGUGGGGUCCGCAUCAUGGAUUCACAUUGGACGCUAACGAUGGUCAUCGGAGCCCUUGCUUCCCUUGGCUUGUUGUUGUAAAUAUUUUUUGUUCAGGGAAACAGUUUUCUGUCCACGAGCGUGGUUCCUACACCAGUGCCGGGUCAAUAUCCCUUUCUCUUUAUUUUUAUAUUUUUUAAAUUUCAUGUGUCUUAAUUCAAAUUAUAUUUACCAUUUUUUUAUGAGAGAUUACGUUAGGUAAUGUAUCAUUAUCUGAUUUAUCUAUGCAUAUUAAUUUUUUUUUUUU